AGGAAGUCCAGAUCUCAAUCGCUCUUGACGUGUUUCUGUUUCUCUCAAGUUGUGGAAGUUUAUCUCGCAUGUCUGUUUGAUGAAUUCAGUUCAUUUACAAAGUUUGAAAGUGAGAUGAGCGAACACACGGUCCCAGCAGACCUCUCGGGACACAUGUUGGACCUGGACGAAGACGAAGACCUGGAAGUUUUCAGCAAGAGCACAUCGCUGGCCGAUGGAAGCUCCAUGCCCAACUCUCCCAGCUCCAUGGUCAACCAGUACAGACUGGAGGAGGAUGACGAGGAGCAGCAGAAUGGCAACACCAAAGACAUCUUCAUCACCGUUGACAACCCAGAGAGCCACGUCACAGCCAUUGAAACUUUCAUCAUGUACAGGGUCCUGACCAAGACCACCCGGAGUGAGUUUGAUUCCUGUGAGUAUGAGGUGCACCGGCGCUACCAGGACUUCCUUUGGCUUCGAAGCAAACUGGAAGAAAACUACCCAACACUCAUCAUCCAUCCGCUGCCAGAGAAGUUUGUGAUGAAGGGCAUGGUGGAACGCUUCAGCAAUGACUUCAUUGAGACCAGGAGGAAAGCGCUGCACCGCUUCCUCAACAAGAUCUCUGAGCAUCCCAUCCUGUCCUACAACCAGCACUUCAAAGUCUUCCUCACGGCACAGGAGCUGGCGCCUCACAGGAAACAGAGUGCAGGCUUCCUGAGCAGAAUGGGGGAGACUGUGAGAGCAGUGGCCAAUUCGGUACGAGGUCUGAGCAGCCGGCCAGAGGAGUUCACUCUAAUGCAGGAGUAUUUGGAGAACUUCAGCAACAAGAUUUGCUCUGUGAACAAAGUCACCCAGAGGGUCAUCAAGGAACAACGAGAGUAUCUGGAUGAACUGAAGCAGUACAGUCCAACCUACGUGCAGUGGGCAGGGUUAGAGGGGGAGCUGGCAGAGCCCCUGAAGGAUGUGGCCAGCUGUGUGGAGCGGUGCAGUAAGGAAACAGAAGAGCAGAUCCAACAUCUGUCUCAGGUCCUGCUCCCCAUCUUACACGAAUACGUCCUUUGUGGUGAGACACUAAAGGCUGUGAUGAGACGUAGAGACAACAUCCAGGCUGAGUUUGAAGCCAAGAAUGAGACCCUGGCAUCCAAAAAAGCUGACAAAGAAGCAAUGCAGGUGGAGGUGGAUGGUCUGGCAGAUCGGGUGGAGAUGGCCAACAAUGCUUUGAAGGGAGACUGGUCCCACUGGCAAAACAGCAUGAGAACUGACCUCAAAUCAGCCUUUAUUUCCACCGCUGAGAAGAAUGUGGAGUACUAUGAGAAGUGCCUAGCUGUGUGGGAGUUGUUCCUCCUGUCUCAGAGAGUGGAGCCCAGGAAGGAGCUAGACGAGGAAGAUGUUUCUUAAAGUGUGGAGAUUCAAAUUGACAGAAAGCACACCAUCUCUUGUCUGUUCACCAGAGCCUGUCCAUAAAAUAUAGACUGCACUCUAGUAAACCUCCAUAAUGUAUGAAACAAGCACACUAUCGCUCUCUGUGUCUGUCUCGCUUUCCUUCUUUCUUUCUGUCUGGCCAAAGAG